GAGGAUAACCCUGAUACGAUUGAUUUGCAACUCAUGACUCAUAGUGCGAUGGACAGAGCGCGUCUCGUUCAAGUUCUGCAUGAGCUUUCUCCUCUUCUCGUGAACAUGAAACGACAAGCUCAGACAGCGGUUGCCAUCCCGUUACGUAUGGCAAUCUGGAAUUGGAUCGAAAUGUGCCUGCAGGAAUACAACGAGGCAGUGACAUCAAGAGGGAGAUUCGAGGGUGCACCAGAGCGUGUCUUCGACCUCCUGCACUCCGCGAACGAGCCCGGCCGAGAGCGCGCGCUUUGGCCGACGUUGACCGUCCUUGCUUGUCUCGCUGCUGAGCGCCUGUCGCCAGAUUACCAGAUCGAUGUCGAGAGUCGUUCCACAAACCUCCCAACUCACAAAUCCAGCCACAGGAAGGAUAUCCGAUUCGUAGAGGACCUACUCAGGCAUUCAAACACGAAUUCGAAGCUCGCUGAUGUCUCUUUUGUGUGUGCGAUCGACAUGUGUAGAGCUGGAUUUCGGAUAUCGUCCGAUGGCGAAAUGCCCCUCAGACAUAUUGCAGCAGACAUUUCCCAUGAAAUC